AUGUCGACCGUCAGCACGCUGUCGAUGACGGCGCUUUCCUCACCUCUGGUCAAGUCCCUAAACAAACUCCUCGCCGGCCUAUCACUACCCUUCGCACUCGAAACACCGUUGGACCUCACCCCAUCUCUACUCCUCGCUAUACUUGAAAGUCUUCUCGAAUCUCGUCUACCUAUACCUUCAAGGGUGCGCGACUCGCGUGACCAGGCCUCGCGUGUGCAAGCUUUGAAGAUAUUUCUGGGAGUGUUGGAGAAUGAUGUGAUCAAACAAGACGUUGGUCUCAGCGAUAUAGACCCUCGCCGGCUGGCCGCGGGCGAAUGGGAAGAAACAGUCUUCAUCGGCGAGCUGCUCGUCUGGCUCGGCAAGCAAAUGGGCUUCCUGCGUUCCUCCCGAGGCUCAGUAUCCAGCGCUGGAUCUGCGCCUCCGCCAACACAUGCGCACAUUCCUCCCGCAAGACGGGGCAGCGUCACUUCGGCGCCCGGGUCUUCGCGCUCGAGUACACGAGGCAGCGCCCAGCAACCGCAGCCGUCCGCAAGCGCCCACCAACGUCAAAUCACAAUUUUGGACGAAGAGGACGAGCGCGAACAGACGCAGUUCUGGUCGCCCGAAAGUACACGCACCUCGCAGUCUUCGGCGUAUUCCUUCGCGCAGUCGGAAGACGAAACGCGCACGACGGUGGAAGAAGAGUUGAACGAAUCUGUCUCAAGCUCGCAGUCGUACUCUCACAAGGACCAACUCCGACACGUCCCGAGAUGUAUACACGAGGUCGAAGAUUCGUUUUUACUCGGCUCCACAUACGGUGGAGGGCUGGACCAUGAUGCGGAUUCGACGCACGAGUGGGAGGGCGAAGAGUUCGGGCGGGAACCGGGCCAAUGUUCGUUCUGCAGCCAUGAUGGUGCGGCUGGCGAAGAGUCGGGAUACAGGGUGCCGCCGGUUCAGCGUGCAGGGAAGCCGCGGUCGGUUCGAUAUGAAGGGUUUAUCGAUGAAGUCGAUGAUGAGGUGGAGGUCAGGGCGUUUGAGUCGAGGACGGGGAGGAAAAACCCUUCUACUGUCACGCCACCCACUCGUCGAGUCGUUACGCGGCAUACGUCCCCCUCUCAGCAUACCUUGGCAUUACUCAACGAGCGCGCGCGAUUACUCUCCGAACUUGCUCGGUUGAACCUCAAGUCUUAA